UAAAAGGAGUCAUAGAACAAUAACAAAGUCUAGUAGCCACCGUUACAAAGGCAAAUGCACUCGUUGCAAAUGCUCUUUGUUUAGGGAGUGUGCAUUUUUCAGUGAUUGGAGUGCCGUUGCUGGCCAACACUGCCGCGCAGCAACAUCAGCAGCCGCCAGCCAGUCAGCUGAUAAACAACGUCCAAAAUGAGUGGCGAGCCUUCUCCUCCUCCUUCCCCUCUCCCUCACUUCUUCCAUGUCUCGCCUUUCUAUCCGGAAGUGACGGAGGAUGGCAAGAUAGACACAGUGCAGUUCCUAGAAACGUCCAAGGCCUUCAUCAAAAUAUAUGAUUUACUUGGUACUGCAUUUUAUGUAGUUAAAAAGGACAUGGCUGGAAAUAUUGAGAAACUCUAUAAGACUUACAAUAAGUCACCAGAAAAGUACAAGUUCCUCAAUGACUUGAUCUACCUGGAGAAGGAGGAUCCCACCAUAUUUGCUGUAGAUGCCCUCCUUUGGCUGAAGAGAGCACUGGAGUUCACAGUCAUCUUCAUUAAGGGCCUGUGUGAGGAAUACAAGAAGGGCAUCACCACAGACAGGCUGGACCACCUUGCAACAGAUGCCUACAACAAAACUCUUAAGUGCUACCACUCCUGGCUAGUGCAGAAUGUCUUCAAGCUGCCAUCAUCCGACGGUGGGUCACUCAUUGCCACAACUUCUGAGAAAGGGCAGCAGGCACCAGCAGAGAAGAGCGCCUCACUAGGUCACCACGUUAGCUGGAAACAAUACGAUUGAACUUCAAACAACAGCAAUCAUUGAAAUUCUGCACAGGCCCAGUAACACAGUGCUGCCUUAACUGUGAUAUUAGAGGAAAUCUCAUUUAUAUAGCAAUAUAAUAAUGGACGAAAAGUUGAAAUUUAAGACGCCUGUUGUUUUUGAGGAAUUCUUCAUGGACUUAAACAGUCAACAUACCACGCGUCUUCCUGUGGUUACAGCUUCCCAGGCGGCCAGCCAUCACCAGCAGAUCGAGCGCGCUGGCUUAAUAAUUGACCUCUUGACGUCCACAAGCCACGCCUACACCCCGCUGCGCCGCCCACCGCCCGCUCCGGCCCUGUCAUUGGGCGCUGCCUCCUCUUUGGGGAUGUUUGGCUGGUGUCAAGUGAUGAAGUGAUGCAAUUGUCUUAAUUCACAAUUGUUAUUUGAGUAUUAUUCUUUGCUUCGAUGACUUGUAUUGAUGUUAAGUUAGUGGUAAAUGGAAAGCGGGCUUAUUGGUCCCGGCCUAUCGCUGCGUUGGCGUGCCUGGACUGUGUGCUAGUUGGCAAGCAUCGCGCGUAUGGCAUGUAGCGGGUGCCGCUGAAAAGACCAUCCUCCAGCGCCACGUGUUGGAGGUUUCAGUGUGGCAUUACCGUGGUUGAGGGGUGUGGUGUAACUCUCCUCGCCCAGCACCGUGACUGGGAAACUUUGAUUUCGUAUUGCGAUAAUCGAGUCUGCCAAGUCUUGAACUACUGAGACGGAAAAAAGUUAACAGAUGCGAAGUGCUUCAGUGAUCAUUCCUCUCAGUUUUUGCUACUUCUGCUGUUUGAACUGAAGAAAACUUAAGUUCUGCUGACUUGAGUUUUUCCACCAAAACAUCCGUUCAUCAAGAAAAUGACUGCAGCAGAAAAGUCUUCGAUGUGAGUCACACCAGCUAAGACAAUCCUGCACGAGGAAGUGUGUCGACCUCAAGAAAAACACGGGUAACUUCACAGGGCUGCCUCUUAUUGUUCCCUUAAGACAACAAAGCAGAAAACAUAACUAUAGUUGACAUUGUGGGGAAUUGUUAUCCCUGAUCAUUGUUUCCAUUAGGUAUAGUGAUAUCUGCUCUUGUGUCUCGUUUUCUUUGGACAAGAAACACGAGAGUGAAUUACUGCUCUGAAACACUCCAACAUAGACUCUCUAGUCACUGUAGUCUUGGGUGUGACGGAAGUAUACAUCAAGAUUCUACAGGCAGCAAAAUCUUAUCACAGAAGGGAAGAGGCAAAAACAAUGCUACUUUUGAAAUCUUUGGUAACAGAUGGAAAAAAAUAAGUAAAUACUAAAAAGACAUCGAAGACAAGGACAUAUUUUGUUCAUCCAAACAAACCCAGCACAUAAACAACUCAAAGCUUGAAAAAAGAAGGGGAAAUUAAGCUGAAUCAAGAAACGAACAAAUAAAGAAC